CAGAGUGUCGUUUCCUGAAGCGGGAACCUGUUAUAUGGGAAUAAUCAAAUAUUUGCACGGCUGUUACCUGAACUAAAAUGAGUUUGUUUGGGACAAACACGGGCUUUGGGUCUGGAGGGACCGGUGUAUUUGGCAGUACCACCACAGACAGCCAUAAUCCAAUGAAGGAUGUUGAAGUAACUUCGCCACCCGAUGAUAGCAUAAGCUGCUUGGCAUUUAGUCCUCCUACGAUGCCUGGGAACUUUCUCAUCGGAGGUUCGUGGGCCAAUGACGUACGGUGUUGGGAAGUGCAAGAUAAUGGUCAGACUGUCCCUAAAGCCCAACAGAUGCACACUGGCCCAGUACUGGAUGUGUGCUGGAGUGAUGAUGGUAGUAAAGUCUUUACAGCUUCUUGUGAUAAAACUGCCAAGAUGUGGGAUCUGAACAGCAAUCAGGCCAUUCAGAUAGCUCAACAUGAAGGUCCAAUCAGGACAAUUCACUGGAUUAAAGCACCAAACUACAGCUGUAUUAUGACUGGCAGUUGGGACAAAACUUUAAAGUUUUGGGAUACACGUUCCCCAAACCCAAUGAUGUCCCUCCAGAUGCCAGAGAGGUGUUAUUGUGCCGAUGUGGUAUAUCCCAUGGCUGUUGUAGCCACUGCAGAACGUGGUCUUAUUGUUUAUCAGUUGGAAAAUCAGCCUUCAGAGUUUCGACGUAUAGAGUCACCUCUUAAGCAUCAGCACCGCUGUGUGGCUAUCUUUAAGGACAAACAGAGUAAGCCUACUGGAUUUGCCCUGGGCAGCAUUGAGGGACGAGUUGCCAUUCAUUACAUAAAUCCACCUAACCCAGCCAAGGACAAUUUCACCUUUAAGUGCCACAGGUCCAAUGGAACCAAUACUGCCACACCCCAAGAUAUCUAUGCUGUGAAUGCUAUCUCCUUUCACCCUGUCCAUGGCACACUGGCGACAGUAGGCUCUGAUGGGCGCUUCAGUUUCUGGGAUAAAGAUGCCCGUACUAAGCUGAAGACUUCUGAACAAUUAGAUCAACCAAUAACAGCUUGUUGCUUCAAUCACAAUGGGAAUAUAUUUGCCUAUGCAUCAAGUUAUGACUGGUCCAAGGGACAUGAAUAUUACAAUCCCCAGAAAAAGAAUUACAUCUUCUUGCGGAAUGCAGCUGAGGAACUGAAACCACGGAACAAGAAAUGAUUCGUCAAGCUUCGCAUCACAUCUCGAGGACCUGCAUUAGUGUGUAAAUAUGGGAGAGCGACUUCAAUUUGGCUAACACCUGGACCAAUGGCAUGGCGUUGCAUUGUAUUAUUUUAAUGGACCAGUCAGAAGGGGCCAACUGCUCUUAAGCAAUGGUCAUGUAAGCAGUGGCUUUUUUACGAUUGAGGAGGCCAUGCUUAAGUAUUUCUGGCUUAAUUGAUGUACCUUCAUUGUUUGUUCAUAAUUUUACAAUUACUUGCAGAUAUUACAUUUUUUUAUGUGCUGCCUUACAAAGGAGUGCAUUUUCACACUUUCUUUCUCUCCUUGGUGUAAAAUGAAAUCAAUAAUAAAUCUGUCUUAAGCUUUCUCUGCAUUUAAA